AAGACCGUCGCAAAUAAUAAAACAAUGCCACUGCUCCUCUCGCCACCUCAACAGCCGCCGCCGUUAUCUUACUCUAUCCGCCUUAAGAAUGCGGCGAAUUUGAACUCUCUCCGCCGCGUUCUUCUACUAUCAACACCACCUCAUUCCUCUAUUUCUUCUUCUUCUUCUUCUUCUUCUUCGUCUUCGUCUUCAGCUUCGCGCGCCGUGGAAAAUGUGGAUACGUUCACCAAGUACUCAGGAUAUUUAUUCCAGCUGAGCUCCUCGGAAGCGGACUCGUUGACGGAGUACAACGUUUCGAAAAUCGCCGGAAUUUAUCAGAAGAAGCCGCUCAUUGUCCUCCGUCGCCUCUUCCAACUCGCUAGUACACUCGGGAAAUGGUUCGCACUUCGCUACGUGGAUAAACUCACCGAGCGUGCCGACCAGAUGUUUGAGGUUAGAGCAGAGGAACUGAGAAGGAUAUUGGUAGAGCUUGGGCCGGCAUAUAUUAAAAUAGCUCAAGCUGUUUCAACUAGACCUGAUUUGAUACCACCUUCAUAUUUGGAUGAGCUCUCACUGCUUCAAGAUCGAAUAGCACCUUUUUCUUCUGAUGUUGCUUUUGAUAUGAUAGAGAGAGAGCUUGAGUUACCAAUAGAUGCUAUUUUCUCAGAGAUCUCGCCUGAGCCUCUAGCUGCAGCAUCUCUUGGGCAGGUUUAUCAAGCUAGGCUUCGUUCUAAUGGACAACUAGUUGCUGUCAAGGUUCAAAGGCCAGGAGUUCAAGCAGCAAUCUCUCUCGACAUAUUAAUUUUGCGUUACCUUGCAGGAUUAAUAAAGAGAGCUGGCAAAUUUAACUCUGACCUUCAGGGUAUCGUUGAUGAGUGGGCAUCAAGUCUUUUUCGGGAGAUGGACUACAUACGAGAAGCCAGCAAUGGAGUUAAAUUCAGGCAAUUAUAUGGUGGAAUAAAAGAUGUUGUAGUUCCCGAAAUAUUCAUGAAUCAAACAACUCGCAAGAUCCUUGUCAUGAAAUGGGUGGAGGGACAAAAGCUGGCUGAAGUGAAGGAUCUCUAUUUGGUUGAGGUAGGAGUUUAUUGCUCAUUCAAUCAACUUCUGGAAAGAGGGUUCUAUCAUGCAGAUCCACAUCCUGGAAACUUACUUCGCACAUAUGAUGGGAAACUUGCAUACUUAGACUUCGGUAUGAUGGGUGAAUUCAAACAAGAACUUCGUGAUGGUUUUAUUGAAGCUUGUCUUCAUCUUGUAAAUCGUGAUUAUGAUGCAUUGGCCAAGGACUUCGUGACUCUUGGACUUCUUCCACCAACUGCAGACAAGGAAGCUGUUACAGUGGCACUAACAGGUGUUUUUCGAGAUGCCGUUGCCAAAGGAGUUCGCAAUAUAAGUUUUGGGGAUCUUCUGGGAGAUUUGGGAGUUACCAUGUAUAAGUUCAAAUUCCAGAUACCAUCGUACUUCUCUCUUGUCAUUCGGAGCCUUGCUGUUUUGGAGGGCAUUGCUAUCAGCUUUGAUCCAAAUUACAAAGUUUUGGGUAGUACCUACCCAUGGAUAGCCAGGAAAGUACUGACCGACAGCUCAUUAAAGCUGCAAUUGUCGCUUCAAGCUAUUCUCUAUAAGGAUGGUGUGUUCAGGAUUGACCGUCUGGAGUCUCUGGUCACAGAGUCCCUACGUGCUCGGACAGAAAGAUCGAUCAGAAAACAAAUUGAAGAUGGUGAUUCCCAUAUUAUUGUCAAGGAAGUCCUUUCCUUUACAUUGACUGAAAAGGGGGCUUUUGUUAGAGAGAUAAUUCUUGAAGAAUUUGCGAAGGGAUUGGAUGCAUUUGGACUUGCAACUCUUGAUUCUGUAGCAUCUUCACUUACUGCAAGACUCCCAUUCUCUGGUUCUCCAUCAUUUUCACUAAUGACUGAUGAAGAUAGUGCAAAUUUGAGAACAUUGCAGCGCCUUGUGUCGUUGCUAUCAGGUCUUCAAGAGGAUAGAAAAACUGGCAUGGUCAGUGCUUACAAUAGCCGGAAAAUAUCUUCAAAUGGAGAUUCCCUGGUUCUUUAUCAAUCUGUAUCAAUUGAGGAAUUAGGGCGAUUCCUUGCUGUCCUCCCGGAGCUCCCACCAGAUGUGCAACAACAGUUACUUCGGUUGCCAGCUGACCUGUUUGCCAAGUUGGUUUCUCGUGUUGCUGCAAGAGCACUUCGGAGGGUUUUCUCGUAACAUCAAUCCAUUAUUUAUUGAUUUUUUUAAUGGGAAAACCACAUGAUAUUUAUGCUUCUGCUGCCUUUGGUAUUCUUUCACAAUGUAUUCCCAAAUUCUGGAAUGGGACGUCAUUCAAAUACAGGAAGAGAGAGCGAGUACAUGUUCUCUUGAGUAGGUGGCAAAAUGUAGGGCCACCGCCUUGCGUAAAUUCAAAGGUUUAACAAGGAAAAACAAAAUAAUUGUAUACAGGAGACUUCGAGGCAUUGAGUCAUUGCUGCAUGACUCCAUUAUUUUUCAAAUGGCUCCCAGCAAAAUGCUAGUAUGUGAUUUGGGUUUGUUUGGAUUUAAA